AUGCAAUUAUGGUUGCUGAUUACUUGUAUUGUGGUAUGCGGUAUCCUGAGCUCUCUUUUUUCAGGACUGUCGCUGGGGAUCAUGAUGCUUGAUACUCUUCAAUUAAACCUACUUAUAUUAGUAUCGGAGAAGAAUAAAAAAGAAAUAAAUAAUGCAAAGAAUGCUCGGAAAAUAUUACCAUUAAGAAAUAAUACGAACGAAAUAUUGGUAACAUUUAUAACAGCUAAUGUUAUGGUAAAUUCUGCAUUCAGCUUGUUAUUAAGUGAAGUCACUGAUGGAUUUACAUCUUUUAUAAUAUCCACAUUAAUAAUUACAAUAUUUGGAGAAAUCAUUCCUCAGUCUAUAUGUUCCAAACAUGGGUUAGCCAUAGGUGGUUUUUUUGCACCCCUAAUUUAUGUUCUUAAGUUUCUUCUAUAUCUUUUUGCUAAGCCUACUAGUUUGUUGCUCGACCACUUCGUCGGUAAAAACGUCCUGAACACCUACGACAAGAAACAAUUAAAAGCUCUCGUGGACAUGCACAAAAGUGCUGCGAAUAUUUUACAUGAGGAUGAAGCUAAGAUUUUAGUAAGUGCUCUUGAACUUUCCCAAUAUAAAAUUGUUCACAUUAUGACGGACAUAGAUUAUGUUUUUGGAAUUGAUUAUAAUAGUGUGAUAAAUUAUGAUUCAAUAAAAAGAUUAUUGAGGAGUGGUUUUUCAAGAAUUCCUGUUAUUAACAGAAAUAAAGCAGAAUGUAUUGUAGGACUUAUACAUAUAAAAGAUUUAAUAAAUAUAUGGUUUGGUAUAAAUAAAAUUAUAUUUGAUAACAGGAAUAAAUUAAUAAGAAAUCAAAAUAUAAAGAAAAAUGGAAAAAUACAAUUAUUUUAUAAAAAAUCAAAUACUAUAAACAAAAAUCAAAAAGAUGAUUCUUUAAAUAUUGAUGUACAAGGAGGUUAUUAUUAUAUGAAAAAAAAAUCACAAAAAAUUAGAAUAGCAAAUAAAAUUUUUACAUUUAAUGGUCAAAAAUUAUAUAGUCAUAAAAUUUUAAACGAUAAACAAAAUGAUAUAUCCUCAUCAAAUAAAAAACAAAAUCAUAUCACCUUAUCACAAGAAUACUUAAAUGUAAAAAAAAAAUUUAUAAGUAAUUAUCAGGGGAUAUAUAGUAAUGAAAUAUAUAAUAUAAAUAAUAAUAAUAAAGAGAACCAUAAUAUAAUACAAACAGACUCAAGAAGUAGUAAUAAUAUUACAAAUGUUAUAAACAGUGAUAGUACCAGCUAUGAUGAUGGAUCAAAUAAUGAAGAUGUCAAAAUUAAUAUAGGAGGAACUAGUUUUACAAAUAAUAGUAGUAGUAGUAAUAAUAGUAGUAGUAAUAAUAGUUGUAGUAGUAUAACUACAAAAAAGAAACAUACAAAAAUUAUAAAUUCAACUUUGGUACAAGAUAUAAAAGGUAAUAAUAAAAAAAAAAAUAUAGGCAAUAUAAAUAACUCAUUAGAAAAUCAUCCAUAUAAUAAACUUAUCUCUAAUCAAAAAAAUAAAGAACAAAUCAACAAACAAAUCAACACACAAAACAAAAUAAAAAACACAAUGGAUGCAUCAUUUAUAUUCAAACAUAAUUAUUAUGAUAUUGGACCAUCUGAUAUUAUUAAUCCUUCUAAAUUAAGAAAUAAAAAAAAACAAGAUAUGAAAAAGGCACCAAGAAUUAUUACAAAAAAUAAAAAAGUUAAUUUUGUAGAUUAUCUAUCAGAUAAUAUGAUGGAUACGAAUGAUGAAAAUAGUACCAUAUCUUCAUGUAAUGAAUAUAUUUAUACAAAUAUUAAAAGUAAAAUAAAUUUUUAUGAUAAAAAUCGUAAUAAAAUAAAAACAAAACAGCUAGCCAAGCUAUUCAAUAAGAAGAAGAAACAAAUAACCUUCAGAUUGUGGGAUGGCGACAAAAAAAAGAAAAUUGAAAAGAAUAAUAAAGAAAGCGAUCAUAUGAGUAACAACAAUAAUAUUGAAAAUGUUGAUAAUAUUGAAAAUGUUGAUAAUAUUGAAAAUGUUGAUAAUAUUGAAAAUGUUGAAAAUGUUGAUAAUAUUGAAAAUGUUGAUAAUAUUGAAAAUGUUGAAAAUAUUGAAAAUGUUGAAAAUGUUGAUAAUAAUAAUAAUGAUGAACAACAUAAGGAUGUUCAGAGCGGGGAAGAAAUUAUCGGCCUCAUAGACGAUGAUAAUAUUAAUUUACACCUUAAACAUAAUAAUUCUUACUAUAAUUAUAAUGAUAAAGAUAAAGAUAUGAAUAAUAAACAUAAUUACGUUUUAAAUAACCAUAAACAACCGGGAAAGGAUAUAUAUAGCUCAGACAACAUAAAAAGUGAUAAAACUAUAAACAUAAAAAAUAUAAAAACUUAUGAUAAAAAAGAUCCAACAAUACAAAAAACAAAAUCAAAAACAAAAACAAACACAAACACAAACACAAAAACAAACACAAAAACAAACACAAAAUGGCAAUUUUCACAAAGUAUAAUGAUAAAAGAAAAUUUGAAUAAAGAAAAAAAUAUGAAAGAAAUAUAUAAAGAUAUAAAAAAUUUUAUAAGUAUUAAUGAACAUAAAAGUAUUGAAAUACCAUUAAAAUAUAUAUUAAAACAUAUAGGAAGAUAUAUAUAUGGAGUUGAUUAUAAUGAUAGUAUAUUAUCUCUUCUAAAUUUUUUUAAAAGCGCAAGUAACCAUAUGGUUGUUGUAAGAAAAGUUAUAUAUAAUGAUAAUGAAGAUCCCAAAUAUGCUCAUAUAGGUAUUAUAACAUUAGAAGAUGUAAUCGAAAUAUUAUUACAAGAAGAAAUUUCGGAUGAAUUUGAUUUUAAGAAAAUUAAAACGGGUUCUAGUAUACCUUCUAAUUUUGUUUGGAAAAAUUCGGAUGAUUCAAAAAAAAAAAUGAAAAGUAAAAUAAGAAGAAGAAAUCAUAAGGUUGUUUUUGAUGAAGACAAUGUUAAAAUGAUAGAAGGGUUAGAUGUGCAUGCAUCCCAAAAUAAAAUAUCCCUAACAACAACAAUAAAUAAUAAUAAUAAUAAUAAUAAUAAUAAUAUUAAUAAUAAUAAUGAUGAUGGUGGUGGUGGUAAUAGUUGUGAUAAUAAUAAAAUUCAACGGUCAACAGAUGUUACAAAAUUAGGAAUAUCGCCUUCACAUAAAGAUGUUUUACAAAGAGCUCAAACAAUUCUCAAAUAUAAAAAAGAUAUUAUGAACUUCUUAAAAGAAAGUAUCUAUUUUAAAUACAUAGAUCCACAAUUAUUAAAUCAAUAUAUACAAAGAAAAAAAAUCAAAACGUUAUAUAAAGGUGAAAUAUUAUUAAAAGAUAAUACAUUCUUAAAUUAUGCUAUCAUCUUAAUAAAAGGAAAAGUUAAAAACUUAUCAUCAUGUCAAUCACAAAAUAUUAUACAAGAUAAAUGUUUUAUAGGACUAGAAGCUUUAGGACCUUCAAAUAUUAUCGAACUUUUUAAUCAAACAAUUGAAAAAAGAAAUUCACUUAUAAAAAAUAUUGAAGAAGAAGAAGAAAAAAAAAAAAAAAGAAGAAGAUUCACAUUCUCAAGAACACGAUUAACAUUAAAAAGCUUUAGAAAAAAAGAAACCAUCUUAAAAAAAAAAAAAACAAUCGCAACCAAAAAAAUACCGAAUCAAGUUACUAAAUCAAACACACAUGUUAUAAAAAAAAAUAUAAACAUCUUAUUCAGAAAGUGGUAUACCCAGCAUGUCUACUAUAACAAAAAUGAAUAUGUAGCAGAAACCACAUGUGAAUACAUGAUGAUUCCUAAGAGUGAUUAUAUGGAUAUGAUAAUAGAAUGUUAUUGUAACAACCAAGUUGAGGAAAUCAUUGAAGCGAGUUAA